CUGAAGUUUCAAUUGCUCAACCUUUCUACUUCCGGUUCACUUGACGCAACCUCGGUGUGCUCUCUGGGUCUUGCUGUUCUAUCGUGUUCCCUUCUAACCAAACAAACUCCUUACAAGCAUUCUCAUCGGAUGUGACAAAAUACAACUGACUGAAGCCCAAAGAAUUGGGACGUGGAUGAUGAGGAGAGGAAAUCCAGGCUACGACGAGCAACUGCAAAACGAAAGAAAAUGAGGUGUCCCGCAGACGUCACUGUAGAAGAUCUUCACCAUGAGAAGCAGGAUCCCCUCCACGUUAAACAGGAAGAGUCCGAGAUGCCGUAUAUCAAACAGGAAGCAGAGCCGCAGACCCCCGACGUGAAAGAAGAAGACCAGGAAGUUGAAAUCCCCGUUCCAAUGGGUGUCAGUGUGAAGAGAGAAGAAGACGAAGGGCCAAACGAAGAAUGCGGAGCAGCGAACUAUUCGAGCGACAGCCCAUAUCAACACGUAACAACAAAAGGAGAGGGACGAUCGCAACCGGACGGCCUCAUAGCCCCGUUUUCGGACAGUGACGACAUAACUUCACAUUCUUCUGACUUUAACACUGAUGAGGAGGAUAAUGACUUUGACCAAAAUGCUUCAAAAUCUCUAAACACGUCAUCAUUGAAAAAAGACACAAAGGAAUGCGCAGUUCGGAAACCUUUCACCUGCACACUUUGUGGUAAAAGAUUCGUCAAUAAGAAAGGUUUAAACACACACACAAUGAGACACACUGGAGAGACUCCUUUCGCCUGCACAUUUUGCGAUAAAAAAUUUUAUCGGAAGACUGAUUUAGAAACACAUAAGCGUAAACACACUGGGGAAAAGCCUUUUGCCUGCUCCCUUUGUAAUAAAAUAUUUUAUCGGAAUUCUUGUUUGAAUAGACAUCAACGUACACACACAGGAGAAAAGCCUUUUGCCUGCACAUCUUGUGGUAAAAGAUUCGCCUUUAAGACAAAUUUAAACAAACACACACGCAUACACACUGGAGAGAAGCCUUUUGCCUGCACACUUUGCGGUAAAAGAUUCACUGAGAAGGGAGGUUUAAACAAACACACAAGCAGACACACUGAAGGGAAGCCUUAUGCCUGCACAUUUUGUGAUAAAAAAUACUUCACGAAGGCAAAUUUAGACAUUCACACAAGAACACACACUGGAGAGAAGCCUUUUGCCUGCACACAUUGUGGUAAAAGAUUCAUCGAGAAGGGAAGCUUAAUCAAGCACGCAAGCACACACGCUGAAGAGAAGCCUUUUCCCUGCACACUGUGCGAUAAAAGAUUUUCUCGGAAGAAUAUUUUAGAAAUGCAUAAGCGCAAACACACAUAAAUACAUAAUGAUUACAUACUGAUAUGAAAUGACAUCAAGAAUGAAAUGAUCUUUCAGCUGAUGUUCUUUUUCACAACUAUCCAAUAUAUGGGGGGAAACAGACACAAGGCUGAAAAAGCAGUUUCUGCUCUUGCACCCAUUUUUUCAAUAAACUGCAGUAUUUUUUGUCAAAAGAAAUGUUGUGUUUGAUAGAACAAAAUGUCUAUAUGCUCCAAUAGCAGUUUCAUGGUGGAUUAAGCCCCCAGACAAUAUUUCAAAUUGGUCCAUUUUACCCUAGAGAUCCCAGUUUACAGACACUGAGCAACCGAUUUUGUCACAUUCCUUCAUUUGUAUCGUUACCGCUGCUGUGCUCGCUUUGUUUUCUGUUGCGUUCGGGAAAUUAUGUCAUAGUAUUGACGAAGAGCUAAAAAACUAUUAAAAUAAAACGGCUUUGACUCUAGGCGUCUUGCCAACA